AGGGGCGAAGAAAGUGUUCUAGGCCAUGGCUGAGAGCUGUAUCUGAAAUAGUUCACAGCUUGGGGUUGUCCGGCUUGAUCAGCGGAGACUAUGCUCAGGCUGCGUGCGAUUCACCAUCUGGUCGUUCAUCUCAUGCAGCUCCCCGAGUAGCAGACCGUAAUAUCGAUCUGGUAUUUUUCUAAUCUAAUUCUUUUUCCAUAGCAGACGAAUGCUCAUCUCGAGCAUCACAGCUUUGGCGGAGAUACAAUGGCCCACCACGUUCAUGGGAGACGGUCGGCCAGUGACAAAUGGCCACCGUCACUACCAGACCAGCAAGAAACCUUGGUAGAGAAGACAUUUGUGAUCAGUUCUGAUGAGUUUCUGGCUUCGUCAUUUGUUGGCCGAGGCAACUUGAUUGACAAGCCUGGAAGGCUAGUCACGCUCAAAACUCGUUCUAUAACUUCAAAGAGUUCAGACUCUGAUGAGAAUACACAUGCAGAGGCUACUGGUGGAAUUAGAGUCUUGAGCACUCCUGGCCGUUUCUUUGGAGAGAGGGACUGGACACGCUCUACAGUCAAGCGUAAACAGGACCAAGCCUCAUUAGAUGCCGAUUUUGAUGAUUACUCUGGGCAAGGUAAUAAUCGUCAUCGUCAUAGGCAUCGUCAUGUUAAGAAAUGGUUGGAAGAUGAUGAACCGCGUGGAGACGUUCCGCAACGUGCCAAACCGGGUAGACGAUCACUAGGUCAUAGUCGGCCGGUGAUAGGAAGGGUUGGCGAUGUUGACAAGCGCCCUCGAGCCCCAUCUGGAGGUUCUCGCUAUGCGUCUUCUGGUACACAGACUGCCACUGGCUCAGCACCAUCUCCUGCUACUGAUCGACCGGUACCUCCUGGGCAGGCUGGAGGUGAUAAGCCUAGGGGGAUUGGUUCUGGUAGUCCAUCUACCAGCUUGCCUGCGACCAUUCCAACGCCAGGUAAUGUCAAGAUACCGGGCGGAGUGCUGCCUCCGGUCACGACAGCGGACCCGGGAUUGGCAAAUCCUUCUGCUGGCCCUGUGGCUCCAGGAACUGUUGAGGGACCUAGAACUGAAGUCACUCCUGUUCCCAAGCCUGAUGUGCCCACUCAAUCUGGGACUGGUGUGCAGAUGCCUAGCCAUGCUGGAGAUGUUGCAACUACACCUGUGGCUGCUCCAGUAUCGAGUGAGCCAAAGACCCUACCACCAACCUCAGCUCCUAGCGGCCCAGCUGUCGCACCCAUCACAAACCCAGCUACAACUGCACCAAGCUUGCCCACUCCUCCGCAACAACUACUGCCGCUAAAGGACCAAUACAUGCUUGCUGCAACUGUACAAACGACUCAAAUCCGCAGUGCGACACCAGGUAUCAGCGCUGGCACCGUCCCGUCUGAUCACAUUGUCUUUUCAACCCCAGACACCGGCACUCAAGCGUUUCUGACAACCUCAGGACCCAUAGUCUUUGAGACUUCCUUGGAAGCCAUCAAGACAAAUGUGAGCGAGUUUGAGCUCUCACUGAGUGAUCCUCUGAGACGAGACUUUGGCGUGGCGUGGAAUCUUGAUGAUAAUGCGUCUUAUCUCCAGAGUGCUGCUGUCAAGUUGCAGCUUGGCCCGGACGGCAAAUCUCUCCAAAUGACUGAUCUCAAUGUCAAGGUGUCCAAAGACGCAAAGAGCGGCCCGCUUGUGUUCUCUGCUGAUGCCAAAGUGCUGAAUGACGAGUUUGAAACUGGGUUUUUGGACGUAUCCAAAGAUACCAAGAUAACCACUCUUACCGGCAUUGAUCGCUACCCCGGCCAUCUCCUCCUGGGCUUGGUGACAAGUUCUGCUAACGGCGGUUUCGAGAAUCUCUCCGACCUUUGCGCAGUUGCUCAUAUCAACCCUAAGCCUUGGCUCAAGACGUUGCUCAAAGGGACCGCGAUUACGUUUGGCGCUUUGGCUGGGACACCAGCUCGCAACGCAAUGUGGUAUAUCCCCGGGUCAGGAUCCGGAUGCUGCAUCCGACUCGAGGCCUCUCUCAGUCUCAACGGCAAAAUAGGUGAAACGCUAAACAAAUACCUCGCUGGCUGGAAUGACCACAUUCCUCCACUAUCAGUCAUUGCCAAGAGGACUGUAUCACCGUCUUCUGGCCCUUGGGGAGACGCCUUCACUAUCGGAGAACUCACCAUCGCUGCGGAGCCAGACUUUAAUGGCGAGAAGCGUGCUAUGGGUAUGUACGUGUCCAUAGGAGAGGAUCACAUCAAUGUGUUCUUCGUGUGCUAUUCAAAGGCUCUUCAAUGGGACGCCCUUAAAGCCUGGAUCAGGAAGAGCUGCACUGAAGUGGGCGAUGCCAUUGACGAUCUGGAGAAGAUUCUCCUCAAUACCGGUCAUGGGUCAAAAAAUCAGAAUCCCAGUACUUCUCAUAUAUACUGGAGAAGAGUGACAGUAACUCUUCAGAACAACGAGGCUGGUGGUACAACUCUCGCCGGUAUGCGCCUGGAGCUCGAAGCUUCGAUGCAAGUGCUUGUACCAAAAGAUAAGCAUUCAGUUUUCACUAUGGAGUUUACCUGGACCAAGGGCACUGGCGAGUUCUCAGGCGAGUGUGCAUUCAAUGGUGUUGGCAAUGUAUUGGGACAGGGCAACCCUCCACUGCAAUACUAUCUUGACUACGAGCGAUGGGAUCAGUUCCCUUACCUUGACCCGUCAGAGCCAUUCAUGUCGCUGCGUUACCUCGACAGUAGCUUCGUGCAGAACCUACCGUUUGGUGUUCCUACUGAGAUUACCGAGGCAGAUCUCUAUGUCUCUAAUGAGAGUCUGCGAGUUAGUGGUCGUCUUGAAGCUCUGAUCGGGAAGCCAACUGAGACUUCUGUCGUUGCAGAUCCUUCAAAGAUUCCCUCGCUGCAGAUCGACCACUCGAUGCUAAGCUUCUCCGUCAAUUACCUCUACGCCUCAAAGUCCCUGAAUAUCGUUCUUGAUGGAGCCAUUACCCUUCUCCCGCUCAAGGAAGGUGAUCAGCCAGCGUCAUUGGAGGCUAUGAUAACAUACUCGUCAAAACAGAGCCAAGUGUCAUUCCGCGCGCAUGCGUCGCAUAUCCCAAUGACAGCUCUACACUCUUUAUUCGCUGCUGGUGAGGAGAAGACACAUGCAAUGUCCAUCCUGGAGAGCAUUGAGCUACAGCGCAUCGCUUUUGACAUUACGGCUGGUAAGGGACAGCCAACUCAGGUCGGCUUUGCAGCGAACCUCAAGAUCUCAAAUAUUUUACUGGAGACAGCAUUCAAACGUACAGAUGCCAAUACUUGGGCUCUCACUGCCAAACUGCAUAAAGAAACCAAAGUUGCUGGAAAAGCGUCCAAGGAGUUCACGCUCGGCGACGCUGUGCAGAAGCUUUUGGGUCAGGAAGUGGCAGAUAUUCUUCCUAAUUUUGUGACCGGAACAACUUUCAAAGCAUCUAACCCUGGUGACGACAAGUUCGACGUUGUUGUGACUCGUCUGAAUGGUGCAAAGCCACAUCUCAUCUUCGGUGCUGAGCUCAAGUUUGGCAUGCUCCACGUCCAAUUUGCACAAAUGGUUCCCAUCACUGGAAAGGCAGAUAAGCCCUCACCUGUCAAGAGACUGAUACGGGUGUCUCUGGGUCCUUUGCCUUCUAUCUCCAAGCUGCCCAUCCUCGGAAAUCUGGACAUACCGUUUGAUGCCCUUGAGUUCCUCUGGGUCAAUACAAUGUUCACACGGGAGGAUAUCAGUACUCUCAACGGAAGUGCCGAGAUGUUCCAGGAUCAGCCAUUCAAGAUGAGAGCUGAGGACAAGGAGCUUGCUGAAGGGUUUCACUUCCGUCUUGUUGGUAGCCAGGGUGUCUUCCUCGACCAUGUCUUUGGCCAGGAAAAGAAAGAGAAGAAGAAGACGACACCAGCAGGUACAGUUUCUUCCGGCUCUAAGGCAACUACUGCCCCAGUCCAAGAGAAAACAUCGACAGAAGUUGCUGCUCCUAGUGGCGGCGCACCGGCGACAACCGCUGCUCUUGAGAAGAAGAAGGGACCUCUGACUCUCUCCGGCAUCUCGUUAUCCUACGAAGGUGGCGUCUUACGCAUCCAUCUUGAUGCCAGCGUUCUCAUUGGACCCAUCAGUGCCGGUAUUCAGGGUCUCAAUCUCGUCGUCAGGCUCGACUCCAAGCAGAUCCACGGAUUGCACGACAUUCUCCAUGUCCCUAUCGAUGUCGAGGUAGAGGGAUUCGACAUGUCAUUCAGUCGAAUGCCAAUCCAAAUCGCAGGUGCUCUGCACCACAAGCCCGGCACCAAAGCGUACUUUGGAGGUGUCGCUAUCUCAUUGAGCACCUUUUCCAUUGCAGCACUUGGCAUGUAUGAGCAAGUCCCAGCCAAUGCUGCGAAUGGUACACCAGAAUAUGAUUCCUUUUUCAUCUACGCUAUGAUGGAGGGACUCAUCUUCACAAUGGGUUGGGCAGAGAUUCGUGGACUCAUGGCCGGCUUUGGCUACAACUCACGUCUCCGACUACCCACCGUGGAGCAGCUGUCCACAUUCCCACUCAUUCAGGGUUUCGAGAAAGAAGGAGGCUUCAAUAUGAACCAGGCUGUUAAGUCGUUAACAGGUCCUGACGCUUUUGUAACGCCCAGUAUGGGAUCCAUUUGGAUGGCACUUGGUCUUGUCAUUCGAGCUUGUGAGGCUAUUGACAUGCGCGCUGUUGCAACUGUCGCUCUUGGGCCCAACCAGACUGACAUUGGCUUGAUUGCUCGUGCAACAGCUACUCUUCCUAGACGUGCGAGCCCUGAUAAAGCUCUUAUCCUCAUUGACCUGUCUGUGGUCGGCAAACUCGACCUUGUCCAUGGUGAACUCUCAGUGGAUGGCCUUAUCAAUCCUACCUCCUUCAUUCUCAACAAGGAUUGCCGACCAUCUGGUGGCUUCGCAAUUCGUAGUUGGUUCGGGAAGAAUAACCCACAUUCAGGCGAUUGGGUUGUCAGUUUUGGUGGUUACCAUCCUAUGUACCAAGUUCCAGCACAUUAUCCUCGUCCCCAGCGACUGGGUAUUUCAUGGACGCUCAGCUCGAACCUCAGAGUCACUGGUAACGCAUAUGCUGCUAUCACACCAGGAGCCAUCAUGGCGGGAGGAAUGCUUCAAGCUGUCUUCUCCGCUGGGCCGCUUGGCGCGCACUUUGAUGCCCACGCUGACUUCCUCGUCAACCUCAAACCUCUACACUACGUGGCUGAUAUGGCAGUAUCUGCAGGCGUGUAUUAUGAGAUUAGAGUCUGGCGCUUCAGAAAGAAGAUCUCCGUCAACGUUGGAGCCUCUCUACACCUCGAAGGACCACCAAUCCAUGGUAGCGUGCACUUUGAUCUCUCCGUCGUGAGCUUCACUGUCAGCUUUGGCUCUGGAUCCUCCGAAGGCAAGAGAGCUAUCAGCCUGCGUGAGCUCAUGGAGCUUGUGCUUCAAGACGGAGCUGAUAGGCGGGAGAAUAACGCCAUUGUGAAUCCUCACACAUUCACAGCUGUUUCUGGUCUUCUUGGAGAUGACAAGAAGAAGAGUGACACUGUCAGCAAAGCCUCCUCUAACAAGGUGGCUUCUGACAAGGAGCGUUGGCACGUUCGCAGCGACAACUUCAUCUUUUCCGUUCGAAGUGCGGUACCAACCAACUCUGUUGGAAUCGAGGGUCGUGGUGAUUCUCAAUACAGUGGCAAUUCCAUCAUCAGCAGACCUAUGCAGAUGAAGAAGGACACUGGUGAUUCGUCACGGAUUAAAUCGACGCUGGGCGUCAAGGUUUGGAACGUCAGAGACAAGAAAACCGUUCCCUUCCGCGAAGUAGCCAAGGUUGAAGAUCAAUUACCAGCCAACUAUUGGGGUCCUUACUCUGAGAAUGCGGCAGAUUAUAUGAGGCCUGAUAGAAUGCCUCCUACAGUGUCACACCUCGUUGGCGCAACUCUGGUACCACCAGCACCCGCUGCUCCUGAACAGUCCAUCCCUGUGUUCAAGUCGAUGCCAUUGAACUAUGAGCCGUCGGAAUGGACACCUAGGAAGAUCAAGAAGGAGUCUGUUCGCUACCUCGAUCACGCCAACGCCAGAGAUAGCGUCAAGUGGUCUCGAGUCAAAGGUGCUAUGGGUUUAGAACCUGAGGCAAAGAGGGAGAAGCCUCCUAUGGACACACUGCUCUUGACAGAGGUUGGAGAGACAAAGGAGGCUGCUGUCAAGCCUCGCUUGACCAAACCAUACCGUCAAGGUAUACUGGACAGCUUCAUCAACUUGGCCCACGGUGGUUCAGACGUGGAGAGCCUCAAGGUGCAGAAGGCUUACAGUGGCAUUGGUGCUGCCGUGCCCAAUGUUAUCUUGCAAGAUCCGCAGCGUUUCUAUAUCGGUCCUCCAACAGUCUUCUGCAACUAGAGCUGUUUGCUGUGUGUCUGGAGAUAUUCUGUACAUUGACCAAACGGUUUCCUUUUCUUUGCUAUUUACAAAUUUGUAUAUGUUUACCGCAUUGAGCCAGCUAGUUUCUGUUUGAUGCGUUUUAAUCAAUCUCUGCUUAUUACUGAAUCACUCAAUGUGUAUACUCGUGUCUCCAAUUCUUCACCUGGCAUCAAUCACGUAGCUAGCCCAUCUG